CGCAGCGUCCGUCGGUUGCACGAAAAUUGCAGUCUCCGAGUGUCGAAAUUAUUGGUGUCACUGAAAAUAUAACAGUUAUGUUUUACUUCGUUUUCUUGUAUUUCUGUUAUUUUUCCAUCUAUUAAUUGUGUACUGAAUAUUUUUAUUGUAAAUUAAAUGUGAUAGGUUACCUUAAAAUUAGUGAGCUUAUCGCUAGCUGUCAAUAAUCACAUUAAAUGAUAUAAUAAGUAUGCAUCAAGGACUUUUAGACGAAAGGAUGUUGUAACUUGUCAAAUCUAAACAUGGUGAAUAUUUUUUCAAUAUCAAUCGAUUUGACAGAACUGGGGCAAGCAAUUUUACAUUAUAAUAAUGGACGUUGUUUAUUAUAAAAUGCAAACAGUCACAGUUCUUGUGUUACUACUCAUCUAUCGACCGAAGUCUAUACAAUCGUUUAGUUACAAUGAGUGUAGUAUGCCAUUAGGAAUGGAAUCUGGUAGAAUUUUGGACACCGACAUAACAUCCAGUUCCUCAUACGAUCAUGGAACUGUUGGACCACACAGAGGACGGCUAAAACUAGAGAGUAAUGGUGGUGCAUGGUGUCCUAAAGGUGUCAUUUCGAACGAUGGUCGACAAUACAUUGAGAUAAAUUUACAAGACGUUUAUGCUGUGACAGCAAUUAAAAGUCAAGGACGAUAUGGAAAUGGAUCUGGAAAAGAAUUUGCUGAAGAAAUUAUGAUAGAUUAUUGGAGACCUGGCUUUAGUAAAUGGGUUCGUUGGAAAAGCAGAGACGGAAAACAGAUAUUGCAAGCUAACAGUGAUACUAAUACUAUAGUUGAACGUCAGAUAAUUCCUGCAAUUAUUGCAUCGAAAAUUCGUUUAGUGCCUUAUAGUGAUCAUCCUCGUAUGAUGUGUCUUCGAGCCGAAAUUAUCGGUUGUUAUCAUUAUGAGGGCAUAAUCAAUUAUUCGGUAAUACAGGGUGACAUUAAAGAUUUCGGAUAUGACGGCCGUGAAGAGAAUGGAGUUUUGAUCGGAGGUAUCGGUCAGCUAUGUGAUGGCCGACACGGUGUUGACCAGCCGUUUGUUAAAAAGUUUAACGAAUGGGUUGGAUGGAAAAAUGACACGAGAGGAUACGGAUCUUCGGUAGAGAUGACUUUCGAAUUCAAUUCGGUAAGAAAUUUCACCGCCUUGUACAUGUACUCCAAUAAUGAUUUCAGACAAGGCGUUCAAGUAUUUUCGCAUGCCAAAGCGUAUUUCAGUGUGGGCGGUGAACACUUUUUCCCUGAACCGGUGUCCUAUACUUACCCCGCGGAUACUAUUAUGUCGGAAGCAAGAAACGUGACGAUAAAACUCCACCACAGGACCGGCAAGUACCUCAAACUUCAGCUAUUUUUCGCCAACAAAUGGAUGCUGAUCAGUGAGAUAUCAUUUGAAUCGGUGAAGUUACCCGGUGUAUGGCCAGCCGAAGAAGCGGAGGAACCGCUUAUUUUCUUCCCCAACGACAAUAGCGUUAAGUCGAACGGAGGUAUCGAAAUACAAAGAGAUGAAGUGAAGUCGUCAGACCACAAAGAAGAUGGAAACUCACCUGUCAGUGGAGGACCGCAGCAAACGAAUAACCAUAACAGUUUAGGUGUUGGAAACAUCGACGGUAGUUUGAGUGGAAUGAGCGGUGGUGUGAUUAACAGCAGUGGAGGGGUCAGAAGACGUGUGAUCGGACUGCUGGUCGGUGCCCUGACCGCUGCCACCAUGUUAGCUGGUACUGCAGCGGCCUUUGUGAUGGUUCGUAGGCGGCGCCUGUUAUUGGGCUCCGUAGCGGGACGUCGUAGCUCUUCGUUCCAUGACUGUACAGCUGACAAACCACAUUUGCCACCACCAAUACACCUGACGGAACUCCCUGUGCGAGUGAACGCCAAUGGACAUAUCUAUGGACAGGUGAACUUGGAUGAUGAUUCCGACAAAAGUACUAAUAACUAUCACAGACCAUACAAUGGCAUCAUUCGACAACCUUCAGUGGUUCUUAGUCCUGAUUAUACAGAUGUACGGGAUAUUGUGGAACAAGAAGAAUACGCAAUUCCUCAUGUUCAUCAAACAUCGUCAAAAACUUUAAGACAACAUCGCAGUCAGACUUCCAUUCACGAAAUGGCGCCUCGUCAUACUUUAGAAAAGUAUUACGCUGCAUCAGACAUAUGCCAGAUAAAUGUUCCUCCACCUCCACGAUCGCCUCCUCCAACGUCUUCCAGGUCAAGCAGCAGCAGAGGAGGCGGAGCUAGUAACGCAUCGACUUGUCCUUUAACAAGAUCUGACGAUACUUUGUGCCAAUUACCCCCAGAAUUCCCAAGAGAGCAACUGAAUGUUGUCCAGACAUUGACAAAAACUCAUUUUGGAGAAAUUCAUCUCUGUGAAGUAAAAUCUUUCCCCGACGACAUACUUCAAACGACGUCGGUGAAAUGUAAGCUCGUUACUGUAAAAUCCUUAAGAAAAGGAAUAUCAGAGACUAUCAAACAUGAUUUUUAUGACGAAGUGGAAUCUUUAUGGAAAAUACGAGACCCUAACAUUACGAGAGUGUUAGGAUGUUGUUUAUCAGAAGAGCCAUUUUGCAUAAUUACUGAAUUUAUGCCACACGGUGAUCUUAAUCAGUUCCUUCAAGAACAUGUCGCUCUGACUGCUGCACCAUUAUCUCCUUAUGCAAAGACAUUAAGUUAUGGAUGCUUGAUGCAUAUGGCUACGCAAAUAGCAUCUGGUAUGAAGUUCUUAGAAGCUAUCAAUUUCGUUCAUCGAGAUUUGUCAGCCAGAAACUGUUUGGUUGGACCAAAUUAUACUAUCAAAGUGUCUAACAUGAGUCUAAGCAAAACUAUUUAUUCUGCUGAUUAUUUUGAAUUCGAAGGUAGACCAUACUUGCCAAUCCGAUGGAUGUCUUGGGAGAGUAUAUUAUUGAAUAAAUACACACCUAGAAGUGACGUUUGGUCAUACGCUGUAACAUUGUGGGAAAUAUUGACUUUUGCUAGAGAACAGCCAUAUGAGGAUUUAAGUGAUCAACAUGUUAUCAAUAACGUGACAAGGUUAUAUCAAAAUGACGGAAACUUCAUCUUCUUACCUCAGCCAAUUAACUGUCCUAAAGAAAUGUAUGAUUUAAUGUGCGAAUGUUGGCAGAGAGAUGAUAAAAGUAGACCUAAUUUCCGAGAAAUUCAUUUGUUCCUGCAGCGAAAAAAUUUAGGCUACAAACCUGAAUGUGACUCUUAAUAACUUUACUUCAUAUAAACUGCCAUAAUUAUAAUUAAUUUACUUAUAAAACUCUGCGUCGUAUUCUUCGAUAAAUAUAUUUUUACACAAAAAAUUUAUAUUAUUUGUAUAAAAUACAUAUUAUUAUUUUAAUAUAUUGUUACUCUUCGUGUUGUAAAUAUCUUAUAUUAAAACUGUUUGAUUAUUUUUUAUUUAUUUAAUUUUAUUGUCAUUUUAAAAUAUUGCUUUAAGCAUAUUGCUA